GCCAAUGAGCCGCGAGGGGCCGGGCUCAUCGCCCGGGCCUCGCAGGCAGUGAUCCCGGAGCGUGAUGGAGGCUGCUGCAGGGCCGAGCCGCCUGCGCGUGGGUUUCGUGGGCGCGGGCCGCAUGGCGGAGGCCAUUGCACAGGGCCUCAUCCGAGCAGGCAAGGUGGAAGCUAAGCAGGUGCUGGCCAGUGCACCAACAGACAGGAACCUCUGCCACUUCCGGGCUCUGGGUUGCCAGACCACUCACUCCAACCAGGAGGUUCUGCAGAGCUGCUCACUGGUCAUCUUCGCCACCAAGCCUCAAGUCCUGCCAGCUGUCCUGAAAGAGGUGGCCCCUGUGGUCACUGCUGAGCAUGUCUUGGUUUCUGUGGCUGCUGGGGUCUCCCUGAGCACCCUGGAGGAGCUGCUGCCCCCAAACACACGAGUGCUACGGGUCUCACCCAACCUGCCCUGCAUAGUCCAGGAGGGGGCCAUGGUGAUGGCCCGGGGCCGCCAUGCUGGGAGCAACGAGGCCAAACUCUUGCAGAACCUGCUGGAGGCCUGUGGGCAGUGUGAGGAAGUGCCUGAGGCUUAUGUGGACAUCCACACUGGCCUCAGUGGCAGUGGCGUGGCCUUUGUGUGCACUUUCUCUGAGGCCCUGGCUGAAGGCGCCAUCAAGAUGGGCAUGCCCAGUGCUCUGGCUCACCGCAUUGCUGCCCAAACCCUGCUGGGGACAGCCAAGCUGCUGCAGCAGGAGGGACAGCACCCUGCCCAGCUACGGACAGAUGUGCUCACACCAGCUGGCACUACCAUCUAUGGGCUCCAUGCCUUGGAGCAAGGUGGGCUGCGAGCAGCUACCAUGAGUGCUGUGGAAGCUGCCACCUGCCGGGCCAAGGAGCUCAGCAGGAAGUGAGGCCCAGGUUCCAGAUGAGGCCAUGGGUCCUUCCACCCACAGCCCGAGUGCCAAGAACAGCCCUUCUUGGCACACUGGCCUCCUUGCCAGCCCAGGCCUGCCCCACCUAGUCCUCUCCUUCCCCUUCCCCUAAGGACCACAGUUCUUCUCCAUCCCACACAAGUGUCUCACCCUCUCUCCGCUUGCCCAGAUAAAUGCAGUCCCCACCCAUGUGGACCUCCCACUCAUCAGAGUGGUAACCUUACCCUAAUGAGCCCGCCAUAAUGGGUGAUGUUUUUCCUCAAGGGCCUGCAUUCUGGGACGGUUGGAGGUCAGGAGCAGAGCUGCUGGCAGCAGGAGCAGCUGGGCCUGGCCUGGAGCGCUGGCCCUUCCUCAGGUAUCUUGCAGCUCCAUAGCACUGGCCAGCUCUCUCGUCACAGCUCCAGGACAGGCAUAGGACUACAUGGAGUCUGCACAAGAUGCACCCUUCCCUCCAUAAAGCCAGUAGGUUUGGCCUGCUGCAGUUGAGAGGGCUUUGUGCCUGCUGGGUCCACCUGUGUUUGGGCAGCACCAGGUGGGCAGUGGACAAGCAGAGGGGCUGCUCAAGAUCUGGGAGAUGAGAUCCCAGCCUCCAGCCAGGCAGCCUCCCCAUCUCCCUCCUGUGGACCCUAAGCUCCUGACACAUGGUCAGGUGGAGCCAGGCCCUCGGAUGGCCUCCUGGGUCAGAAUUCUUAGAGGUCCUGUGGCUGGGCAUCAUUGCACUGACCUGUGCGGGAUUGGACUCUUAAGCCACAGGUCAGAAAAACUAGGACCAGGAGAGGAGCGAGGCCAUGAGAUCGAGGACUGGGGCUCUGAGGCCACUGAGUAGGGAGGGCCUGGCCUGCUGCCUGCAGGUCUGCUCGUUCUACUGGACACCACCUGUCCUUCUGCCACUCUCUCCUGGGCCUGGCCUGCCAGACUCCAGGGUGCUGCACCCUCCCUUGCUUCCACCCCCAGCCUCCUGAUCCUGGGCAACAAGCACCUAGGUGUGUGACUGGGGGGCUCCUGCAGUGCCACCUGCUAGCUGGGUGAUAGCAGGUACAUUAUGAAGCAGGGCUAGUGGCACCUGUGCAGCAGGAGCAGGACGUUUCAUCCAUCUGUAAUUCUCGGCCAUGCUUCCUGCUCUACACCGCCCCACUCACUCUCCCCCAGCCCCUUUCCUGGCCAGCAGAUGGCUGCUCUCAGCCAGUGAGUGCUUGGUGCUUUCACCUGUCAGAAGGGCAAGCCUGCUUUCCUCAUCUGUGAAGUAGGAAUAAAGAAUAUCUCAGAGCUCUGGGUAAACUUUUCUGAUUAUAGGCUGAGGAAACUAAGUUGCCAGUGCCUGGAAUGCCCUCUCCUGGAUCUUUGAGCUUGAAGACGUACCUCAGAGUAGGAGCAGGUGUAGGCAAUGAGGAUGGCAGAGGGUCCGUUCUGGCUGCAGGUCACUGUCUUGUGCAUUGUACAUAGGAUCACCCACUUCCCUGUAUUCUGACCCUGCUCAGGCCAUGCCAAGCUUGGGUUGGCUGGGGUUCCAAGGUCCUCCGUAGGCUGCACCAAGGAGGAACUCCUUGGGCAGCCCACCUAA